UGGCUCUUUAAAUCAACCCUAGUUUUUAACGUUCAUUCAAUUCAAUCACAUAACGCCAGAUACAACAAUGUCUUCUCAAGUACUUGCCACCAUCGAGACGACUCCUCCUGCUCAUGAGCUGCGAAGCAAUGGCGAUUACAAAAAGGAGAUUGCUGCCUAUGAGAGUGACGAUUACAAAAAAGGGGUCAAGUACCUUACUGAUAUGCUGCCUAAUUUGCUUACGCUGCCUUCACAAUAUGUUUUGCCAUUCACCACAAGUCCUUUAUCAGUCAGCCAUGCUUCAAUUCCUGUCAUCGAUUUAAGCGGUCUCAAUGGAUCCUCGGAGUCUAGAAUCACCACUAUUCAGGCCAUUGACUCUGCCUGUGUCGAGUGGGGAAUCUUCAGGGUUGUUAAUCACGGGAUAAAGAUAUCUCUAAUGGAGGAAAUGUUGGAGGCUGUAGUAGGAUUUUUCAAUCUCUCCUUGGAAGAGAAGAUGAAAUAUGCUUCCGAUGAUCCGAAGAAUCCACCUGUUAAGUAUGGAACAAGCGUGAAUGCAUCCAUGAAGCAAGCUAUGUGGAGGGACUAUUUGAGGCAUCAUGGCCGUCCUCUUCAUACUAGCUUUCAUCUUUGGCCAAACACUCCCUCCAACUACAAGAACAUAGCGAAGGAAUUUGUAGAGGAGGUUUGGCAGUUGCAGCUGAAGAUAGCAAGUGCACUGUCAGAAAGCUUAGGACUCGACUCUGAUUACAUAGAGAAGUCACUUGGAGAAGGUUUUCAGGUGGUUGGUGCUAAUUAUUACCCUCCAUGUCCAGAGCCACACCGAACACUUGCCAUACCACCACAUUCUGAUCAUGGUGGACUAACAGUUUUGAUGCAAAAUGACGUUGAUGGCUUACAAGUUCAACACAAGGAAGAGUGGGUUGCCGUUGGACACGUGCCAGGGACUUUUGUUGUCAACGUAGGAGAUUACUUGGAGAUAUUGAGCAAUGGAAGGUACAAAACUUUGAAGCAUCGAGGUGUGACAGAUAAACAAAGAACGAGGAUAUCAAUAGCCGUUGGCAAUGGACCUGGGCUAAUGACCAAAGUUGCACCUGCAAGCCCGCUAAUGGAUGGAGAGAGCGAGAUCAAAUAUGGAGACGUCACAUACAAAGAGUUCAUGGAACUACAUCAAAACGGCGCCAUUGGAAAAAACCCAUUGCAAGCCAUGAUUGACCUACAAGUCAACAAAUGAAGCUCCUAAAAUUAUCAAUAUGUUAUAUAUAUGAGUGAAGCAGUGAAGUGAAUUGAAUUUGCAAGGUACAACCCAAUAUGGGCAUAAAUAAAGUAACAGCAGUAGUUCUUGUU